AAGAAAGACGGUCGGGCAGCUAGUAUGAAGAGUAGACGAUGUUGCUAGCGAUCUAGUGCGAGGGAGAAAAAAUUUGUUUACCUGUAAGGACUGAAUGGUAUUUUUGAAGAUACUACAAGGAUAUCUUGCCUACUCAAUUUUUAAUUAAGAGAAGAGAGCAAACUCUAUUUGUUCACUCUUAGAAGAUAAUGAUAAAAAAGUUUGAGAAAAAGAUAAUUAUUAAACAACCUUGAAGAGCAGUACUAACAUGGGUUUAUUUCAGUUUGGAUUCUUGCCUAUGCCGGCAUUGCCUUGGAUUCUCGCGGUAACAGGAUUACUUCUGUAUUUUCUCAACAAAGUCUUCGCCUCUCGAAAAAAGCUAUCUGUACCUCCGGGUCCAUCUGGUCUUCGGUUGUUAUUUGACAUACUGAAAGCAGUCAAAGGAGGAACUCUGCAUUUACUGGCUGAGAGGUGGGCCAGACAGUAUGGCGAGAUCGUCAUGUGCAGGACCAUCAUCGGCAACUUGUGUUUCCUCAACUCGGCGAGACUUGUCAGACAGGUGUUCACCGACAAGGGGACAGAACUCGUCACCAAUGACCGACCCAAAACGUUCACGGCCACCUGUGUAAUGUACAAUUUUAAGGAUGUCUCUUUUAGUGACCAAGUCACCAAUACGAACUGGCUUAAGAUGAGAAAGCUCUUGCAUUCCACUAUCAAGUUCUACGGAAGCGGCGUGGAAAAGUUUGAAAAAGUUAUGCAGACAGAGUUAUGCCGCUUAACGAAGACGUUGCAAAGGAAAAUAAAAACAAGUGGAGGAAUAUAUCAUGGGCAGUUGGGAGAAUAUUGUGAAGUAGAGCUGGAACAGAUUAUUUCUACAUCUAUUCAGCGUGCCUUAGCUAUCCUGAUGACCGGAGAAGAGCAAAGCCCAGAUUCUAAAGUGCCACAAAUGAUUGGAGAUUUAUCGGUGCUCCUACAGAGAAUCCUAUCACCUACUAUUGAGUCCGUUUUGCUUACUUUCCCAUUCCUGCGGUUUCUCCCUGGCACCUACUACAAGGAGCUGUGUGGAAACACGCUCAAGUACCGGGACAUGUUCAUGGAAGAAGUCUUCACCAAAGGAAAGGCAAAGCACGUGCCUGGUGAACCGAAGGGAAUGGUUGGCUCGCUGCUCGAAGCACAGAUGAGUAACGACUGGCUCAUAGACGACCACAUCAGGACUUUGCUUCUAGACAGUAUUAUCGCUGCGUUCAUUACUUCCAACGAGUUGCUCAAGACGAUUUUCCUGUACAUGGUGCACUAUCCUCAAGUCAUGAAGAAGAUUCAGCAAGAGAUAGACAGCGUCGUUGGACACAGAGCACCAUCCCUUGACGACAGAAGAAGCUUCCAUUUCACAGAGGCAGCCAUCUUGGAAGUGAUCAGAAGCACUUCCAGCGUUCCUUUGGGUGUGUGGCACGAGACAAGAGAGGACAUUGUUACUGAUGGUUACUGCAUUCCCAGGGGAACUGUGCUGUUUGAGAACAUUUGGUGGAUGAAUCGGGAUCCAGCAGCAUUUGAGGACCCUGAGGUAUUUCGUCCUGAGCGUUUCCUAGACGACGAGGGUCAGUUACUGCCCCCUACUCACCCUACACGAUGGAGAUUUCUUCCCUUUGGCAUUGGAAAGCGCAGCUGUCCUGGGGAGAACUUCGCGCGCUCGCGGGCCUUCCUCUACGUCACAACGCUCUUACAGCAGUUCGACUUCCUCCCGCCUGUCAACCACGACUUGCUUCCACUCACACAAGAUUCGUGGACAGAGGGUAUCGCCUUGCAACUCAAACCAUGCCACGUGGAGAUAAAGAGGAGGUCACAACAUCCACAAAUGAGCGAGCUAUUAACAAAAAGCAAAGCAUAGACCUUCCCUGACAUUUUAUCUUUUAACGGACGUGUACUGGUGGAUUGCUGUCUGUCUGCCGAGACCAAUGCUUAGCGUCUUGCUAAGUUCUCUACUGUUAGUCUCG